UUCUUUCUUUCUUCUCUUUCUUUCAUUUCUUCUGUUUAUCUUUUUUCACAGUUUCAAGCAAUUUUAUUUUCUUCGACUUUCUUAAUUGUCUGAUCAGUUAAUGUUAAGUUGUCAUCGCUAAUUUUCAGUUGUAUAGUGUUAUAUCAUUACUGGUUCAAUUUGUGAAUUCAUUCUUUUUCUGUAAUAGUGAUUCAUUCUAGUAUUAACUUUUGUUCUUCACAAUGACAAAUAUCUUUCAUAUAUUGAUAUUAAUCUUGGCUUCUCUGACCCUUGGUCACUCUGAUAAAUCAGUUCGUGUCGCUUUGAAGAAAAUUGAAUCCGUCAGACAUAAACUACAUUCUGCUGGUACCCCAAUUAAGUAUGCUUUACCUCGAAACCAUCUUAAAUCCCUUGUCAAAAAUGGACCUAUUCCUGAACCUUUAAGCAAUUAUCUUGAUGCCCAAUAUUAUGGUGAAAUUUCAAUUGGAACCCCACCACAACCUUUCAAAGUUAUUUUUGAUACUGGUUCUUCAAACCUUUGGGUCCCAUCCAAACAAUGUAAAUGGACAAAUAUUGCCUGUUUACUUCACAACAAAUAUGAUCACGGCAAAAGCAGCACUUAUGUAGCUAAUGGUACCGAUUUGGAACUUCGUUAUGGAACUGGUUCUAUGAAAGGCUUCUUAUCCACAGAUGUUGUUCGAGUUGGGACUGCUGCUGUUAGUAACCAAACAUUUGGUGAAGCAGUUAUUGAACCAGGAAUAACUUUCGUUGCAGCCAAAUUUGAUGGCAUUUUAGGCCUUGGAUUCUCAAGUAUUUCCGUUGAUGGUGUCCCAACUGUAUUUGAAAAUAUGGUCGCUCAAAAUUUGGUUGAUCAACCAGUCUUCUCAUUCUACCUGAGUCGAGAUCCAAGUGCUUCAGUUGGUGGUGAAAUCAUUUUUGGUGGAUCUGAUCCUGAUCAUUAUGAAGGUGAACUAUCUUAUGUUCCAGUCACCCGCAAAGCUUAUUGGCAAUUUGAAAUGGACUCAGUUACAGUUGAUGGUUUGGAAGAUGGCUUUUGCAAAGGUGGAUGCCAAGCUAUUGCUGAUACAGGAACUUCGCUAAUUGCUGGACCUGUUGAAGAAGUUUCUUACAUAAACAAAUUUCUCAAAGCUAAACCUUUGGUUAACGGAGAAUAUUCAGUUGAUUGUGAUCGCAUCCCAAGUCUUCCCACUAUCACCUUCACAAUAGGAGGAAAUCAAUAUUCUUUAACUGGAAAAGAUUAUAUAUUACAGGUCAGUCAAUUUGGACGAACAAUUUGCCUCGUUGGUCUAAUUGCCAUGGAUAUUCCCAAGCCCAUGGGACCUUUAUGGAUUUUGGGUGAUGUCUUUAUCGGACCAUAUUAUACUGAAUUUGACUUUGGAAACCAAAGAUUAGGUUUCGCUAAAACCAAAUAAUAACUUAACAGACAUCAAAUGAUACUUACAUUAAACACACAAUUGGAGCUUCAACCAUCUUUUCAUGCAAAAGAUAUUAUUCUUAAACCAAAUAACCUUUCAUAACUCUUUAAUCAUUUUGUGAAAUUGUUUAAAUAGUUCAAAUACGAAUUAUAAGGAUAGACCCGAGCUCGAUUGACAAAAUAUAAUUUUGUACUAAUAAUGUUUAUGAAAAGAACGAUUUUGAAAAGUUGUUAUUACUGAUCUUUAAAAAACAAUAUGUAACAUAUAUCUUCAUGAUUGGAAAUAGUCUAGAAAAAAAAUAAUUUUAAAAGA